AUGGAUGAAACGGGGGUACAAACGGUCCCGAAUAUACUUCCAAAACACGUAGCCCCCAAGGGAAAGAAAGAAGUCGCUAAGGCUGUAGCAGCGGAGCAAGGUCAAACAGUAUCCGCCGUGUGUGCAGUGAGUCCUAUAGGCUAUUUUGUGCCUCCUUUUUUUAUAUACGCAAGAAAAAGAGAAGAUCGGCUUCUUAUUAAAGGUGAUCCAUUAGGAUGCGAGAUGGCUGUAACCGAUAAACGGUACAAAAACACUCCCACUUUCAUCAAAUGGCUGAACCAUUUCAAAAAGUAUGCCAAACCAAGUGACAGCAACCCCAUUUUACUAAUACUUGACAAUCAUGUGUCCCACACAAGCCGUGAAGCAGUUACUUUCGCAAAAUCAAACAAUAUUCACCUCCUUACUUUGCCACCCCACAGCAGCCACAAAACCCAACCUCUUGACCGUUGUAUAUUUCGACCACUGAAGGCUUAUUACGAUGUGGCCGUAGAUUCAUGGGACGUUUCUCAUCCAGGAGAAACCUUCAGUGUUUACAACGUUGCUGAAUCAUUCAAGAUAGCUUUUGAAAAAGCAAGCUCGGUUGAAAACGCAGCUGAAGCUUUCAAAACUACUGGUAUUUUUCCAUUUGAUGCCAAUAUCUUCUCGGACGCUGAUUUUUUGCCGUCAAAAGUGACAGACCAGUCUCCAGGAUGA